CAACAGAAUGACAAAUUUGCUGUGACGUCAUGGCAUGGACGACCUAUUCGAAAAUUUAAACUAAUUUAACAAGUGAAGUAUUAUAGUGACUGCAUUUUAUCUGUGCACUUUUUUCCCUUGCAAGGCUUUUUGGGGUCAAAUGUUGUUGUUUUUUUGCAACCCUUUGGUUUCUCUCCGUGCAGCACGGACUCUUUGAAGCGCCCGUGUGAGGCCUGCCACUCAGGCACAUGUGACAUGUCCCACUUCUCAGAGCAGGAACGCCCAAUACAAGUCGUUAGUUGUCCCUUCCAAAGACCCAACCCCGCCUAAAAACAAAGCGAGAAAUAAUCCAAUGAGGGCGGAGAGAGAGAGGACUAGUACCGUAUUCUCCGGUUUAUAAUAAUUGGCAGCCACGCCACUCCGGCUUGAGGGACCCGUGACCAGAGACCAUGGAGACCAUGGAGACCAUGGAGACCAUGGAGACCAUGGAGACCGGGAACGCCAGCAGUGGAGGCCGGGCCGGCCUCUUCUCGGGAAGCCCUUACACAAACCUGGAGAUUGUGCUCAUCAUCCUGGUGGCGGGAUCCCUGAGUCUCAUCACCGCCAUUGGAAACAUCCUGGUCAUGCUCUCCAUAAAGGUAAACAGGAACCUGCAAACCGUCAACAACUACUUCCUGUUCAGCCUGGCCUGUGCAGACCUCAUUAUCGCCGUCUGCUCCAUGAACCUCUACACCGUCUACAUCGUGAUCGGCUACUGGCCUCUCGGCGCGGUGGUGUGCGACCUGUGGCUGGCCGCGGACUACGUGGUCAGCAACGCCUCCGUCAUGAACCUCCUCAUCAUCAGUUUUGACCGAUACUUCUGCGUCACCAAACCGCUCAGCUACCCGGCCCGCCGCAGCACCAAGAUGGCCGGCCUCAUGAUCGCCGCGGCCUGGGUGCUGUCCUUCGUCCUGUGGGCGCCGGCCAUUCUGUUUUGGCAGUUCAUCGUGGGCGGGAGAACCGUGCCUCCGGGGGAAUGCUACAUCCAGUUCUUCUCCAACCCGGCGGUCACGUUCGGGACGGCCAUCGCCGCCUUCUACCUGCCCGUGGCCAUCAUGAUCUACCUCUACUACCGCAUCUCGAAGGCCAGCCGGAGCCGCGUUCAAAGGGACAGCCGGAAGGCGUCCGGCACCAGUCUGGGAGAAGGUCAGGAGGACGCGGGCGAGAUCCAGAACAGCUACAUCCAGAAGAUGCGGGAGCAGCUCCGGGAGGCCAGGCAACGGAAGGAGAAGGAGGAGCUACAGCAAAAGCAGCAGAACGGAGGUGCUCCUUGCAAGGAGGAAAAACCAGACCGGGUGGAACCGGAGGCAGACAGCGUCCUUCCAUCCACCUCCACGGAAAACGAGGUUCCGGUUUCGGUACCCAGGGGCCUAAGCAUCAUAAGAAAGAUGAACCAAACGGAUCCGUCUUCCAGGGCGACCUCGCUGACUGACUGUCCAGCCACAAGGACAAUGCUCAAGGUGACGAAGCAGAGCGCGGUGGUCAAGUGGCGCAAGAAAAGCACGUCGUCCCGCGAGAAGAAGGUGACGCGCACCAUCAUGGCCAUCCUGGUGGCCUUCGUGGUCACGUGGACGCCGUACAACGUGAUGGUCCUCAUCAACACCUUCUGCUCCGUCUGCAUCCCCAACUCGCUGUGGACCAUCGGCUACUGGCUGUGCUACAUCAACAGCACCAUCAACCCGGCCUGCUACGCCCUGUGCAACACCACCUUCAAGAACACCUUCAAGCACCUGCUGCUGUGCCGCUACAAGAACAUACGGGCGGCGCGGUGAUGCUUUCACGCGCUUACCCUCCCCGUCCCCCCGUCUCAUGUGCUGUAAAAAAAAAAAAAAGAAGCUGCGUUUGUGUACGUCGUCACGGCAACGACGCGUGUCGCUUAUCAUGAAAAGGUGUUCCCCUGUGCAACGUGAACGUGCCGUGAACAAUCCUGUAGACUUAGGUGCUGUGGAUUCCGAAUACUUCACGUGGUCGUGUGCAUGCGUGUCACCCACGUUACCCGGCUGUUGUGCAACUAGUCCACGUGUGACCUUGAACUAUGCUCUUCCUCCAUUGAUGUUUACUGAAUAAAAGAGAUCACAACACCAAAAGAUACACCAUAUUACCACUCACAUAUGAACAUGAAGUGCCAUCCCAUUCCUAACCCAUAGGGUUCAAUAUGACGUCGGCGUUAUGGGUUGGAGGAGGGAGUGGUGACAGCACA